UAUAGGAACCUGACCAUCUUAUCUAUAGUUUUCUUAUCAUUCGCAUUGCGGUAUAUUUCCCUAUGUACACAUGAAGACCACAAAAACGAGAUUGUUUUAUAGUGUCAAGAAGGUUAAACUAAAAUGAGUGGCAGUAACCCCUUGACCAAUCUACAAAUUUCUGAUCAAGAUUAUCAUCCUCUAUGUUAUUCAAUUCAAGCAGAUGACGAAAAUGAACAAUCAGCUCUCUUGCCCGCAUUUCAUCAAAGGAAAAGUUUACGAAUCCAAGAUAAAAUUUUUAUUAUAUUUUUAUUUUCAAUUUUAAUUAGUGGACUAGCAAUUGGCAUUUAUCUGCUUGCAACAGAAGGACACGAAUGGAAAGCUCCAGGAGUCUACAAUAUUACAGUUCGAGAACAGUGGCAAGCUCACGUACCUUCAUCAACAAUGCCAAAGUUGGAACUUCCUGUAAGAAGAGUUUUAUUUCUUCCAACAAAUACCACUAGCUGCGACAGCAAAUCCCACUGUGCCAAACUCCUCCAGGAAUUACAAUUAAAACAUAUGCUGCAGUGGAAAGAACCCGACAUCUCGUACAAUUUCAUAAUGACUGCAGACGGUAGAAUUUUCGAGGGAAGAGGAUGGCAAUUUGAAACUUCUUUCCCAAAUUAUAUGGUUAAUGAUACUGUGACUGUUGCUUUUUUGGACAAAUUAGAAACGAAAGCGCCGACAUUUAGACAAGCUGAAUCGACAAAAAUAUUCCUCAAAGUGGCGAUAACGGAGGGAAAAUUAAAACGAUGUUUUAAUACCGCGAUCUGGGGAGGAAAUAAAUUCUUCAUUGAUCUGGCCAAAAAUGUUCAAGACGUUCUAUCGGAAUGCAAGGGAAUUACUUAAUACUUCAGUCUUUGGCUAUUAAUUAUUUCUACAGAACUGUGAUAAUAAUUUAUAUACUCUGAAUAUUUCCCACAAAGAAAUUUAAUGCUUUAUUAAUAAUUAAAAUUGUGCGUUUAUUAAAUUAAGAUUAAGCAUUAUGUCGUGACUAUGAGACGCUAUGACGCUGCACAAACAGAUUUGUGUUAUAUAAAAAACUAAUUAAACUAAAAACUAAUUAUUAAAGCAAACAUAUAACAAUAAAAUUAUAAAGCUAUGUACUAGAAAGUAAACAAAAUUGUUUCUUGUCUCUUGAUGCUUACGGAUCUAACUACAUUCUACAGUUUUGUGAUGAUUAGAGUGGUGUGUUUUAACUUAACAAACAAUGAAGUUAAAAUUAACAAACUAUUGUUACUCUAAAACAAACAAUAAAAAAUAAAUUUUAAUUUAAACAA